AUGCAACGGUCGCCCUGGGGGCUUCUGCGGACUCGCCGGCUCUUGGGUUUGUUGAUGCUGUCCCUGCUGGCUCAGGGAUUGGAGGGUGACUACGAGGAAGAGAUUAUGUGUGACAAUCCAGUAGUUCCGGAUGGAAUAAAAUUAAAUGGAUUUAGAGAUUCCUAUACCUAUGGCAACAUUAUUACAUUUGAAUGUAAAAUUGGAUACUUUUUAAUCGGCAGUUAUUUCAUUCGCUGUGAGAAGAACAGUUCUUGGGUCCCUGAAGUGCCAACCUGCAAAAAGAUUUUUUCGAAAAAUUGUGGUGCUCCAGUAAUGCCUAAAGGGAGUGUGCAUCCAUUGCAAUCUGAAUACAAAAUUGGAGAUAUCGUCUUAGUUUACUGCCACCCAAACCAUUCUUUUUUUGAUGGAACCACAAAGAUGACCAUAAAAUGCAAAGGCUACAAUCAGUGGGAUCCUCCUAUACAACCAUGCUUCUCUAGAACAGCACCAGACACUACUGAACUCUAUAUCCAUAAUGGAAGAAUAAUCAAAGGGGAGAAAGAAUACUACAACAUUGGAGAUGAAGUUACUAUUGAAUGUAAUACUGGAUAUAUUUUGAUCGGAUCAUCUAAGAUUAAUUACAUCGGUGGGAAGAAAUGGUUGCCUAAUAUUCCAACUUGUGGUCUGAGUGUUUUCCUGAAACUACUUAUAGCUGGAGGACUUCAAGGACCGAAAUGA